AUGCGUAGUUAUACAUGUCUUGAACUCCACGUUCUUGCGGUUAAUCCAAUGCGAGAAACCACCAACAACCUUCUCUAUAAGACAACGGUUGCUUCAUCCCGUGUUCGUUUCCUGGAUUUUGUGUUGACGACGCUCGCUCGUUCGCUCGCCAUGCAGGCGCCCCAAGUAGGCGACUACCACGGGCCACAACCAGUUCCGCCGGUGGCCGUCGCACCCGCGGCGUCAUCAAGCUUCAGAAAUGACGUCUACCCGCCGGCCUUUGCUCCUUCCACCCUUCGAGCUCAGCCUCCGUUACCUGCACCGUGGUCCACCGGCCUCUUCGAUUGUUGCGACGACGUCGGCAACUGCUGCGUGACUUGCUUCUGCCCAUGCAUCACCUUCGGUCAGAUUGCGGAGAUUGUCGACGGAGGAUCCGUCCCAUGCGGGGCAAGCGGUGCGCUCUACGCGUUGAUGUUAUGCGUCACCGGCUGCGCUUGCCUGUACUCGUGCUUCUACAGGUCGAAGAUGAGAGGGCAGUUGUUCUUGGAGGAGAGCCCCUGUGCCGACUGCGCCGUCCACUGCUGCUGCGAGUCAUGUGCCCUGUGCCAAGAGUACAGGGAACUCAAGAUUCGUGGGUUCAACUUGCACUAUUGGUUGUUGCAUGGUAACCUGCAGGUGCAGAAUGCGACCUUACCUCCGUCCGUAGAAGGUGGAAUGCAGCGUUGA